CAAGUCUACUACGAUAGCCUAGACAUUAUAGUAAUUAAGGUACUUACGCUAGCUAGGGAAGUCCUUAUAUUUUUAGUAUAUAUACCUCUAAUCGGCGGAACGCGCCACGCAGCAGAACAAGAAAUACAAGCUACGCUAAGAGUAAUCCAGCAAACAGUUAAAAUAAUACCCCAACGAGGCAUCAUUAUAGGCGGGGACUUUAACAGGCAAGAUCUACUCUAGGGCGGAGACUAAAUAAAACCGUAUUUAGUAGGAGACGCCGCGUCUCUAGUACUCUUUAUACAGGACUAUAAGCUCGAAAGC